AUGGCUGUUUCUUCGCACGACGAAAAUUUUGAAAGCUUGUUGUCGACUUACUUGGAAAAUGAAGGGAAAAUAUUAGACGAAAUUACCGCCACAGAAAUACAGAAACUUUAUCACAACCUUCGACCUGAAAAUUCAAUAAGCCUGCGUCAAGUACAAGCGGCGAUACAGGCAGUCUGUUUCUGCGACCUGUGUUUUAAGGAAGAAGUUUUGGACGUACUCAACGAAAUUGACCGCCGCAGUUUUCUAAUACGCGAUGUGGAGUGGGAAUUUGAAAUGCUGGACCGCGAAAAGUGCGGGACAAUUACUGAAGAACAAGCUUGUUUUCUGUUUAAAGCUUUGCAAGGAAAAUCAGCAGCAAAAAAGUGCAAAGAGUUUUUGUCAGGCCGAGCGAUGCCCGGCUCGCGUGUUGCUCUACAAGAAAUUGAAGUACUUCUUUGUGAUUCUCCCGAGACAGAGCUAACUGAUGAAGAAAAUUAA